UCACCCACGCUGCGCCAGCACUUGUUUCUCCGAAGCCACCCGGCGUUAGCGCGCAGUGAGGGGAGGGGAGAAAAGGAAAGGGGAGGGGAGGGAGAAAGGAGGUGGGAAGGCGAGGAGGCCGGCCCGGCGGGGGCGGGACCCGACUCGCAAACUGUUGCAUUUGCUCUCCACCUCCCAGCGCCCCCUCCGAGAUCCCGGGGAGCCAGCGUAUUGCGAGAGCCGGAGGGUCCGGAGCAAGCCUGAAGGUAGAGAAGGCGACAGAAGGAAAGCGACCGAGCUAGCUGCUUCAGUGCGGGACAGGAGCCGAAGGGACGCACCGCGUCAACCUCAGCCGGCUCUGGCGACAGCCAACGCCUCUUGCAGCGCGGCGGCUUCGAAGCCGCCGCCCCGGAGCUGCCCUCUCCUCUUCGGUGAAGUUUUUAAAAGCUGCUACAGACUUGGAGGAAGCGAAGAAAGUGCCGGGUAGGACUGACGGCUGCCUUUGUCCUCCUCCCCUCCACCCGCCCCCCCCCAGGGUCUCCUCUCCUGCUGCUGCCUCCGCCCGCUCCUCUCUGACCCCUCACCCCACCCCCCACCCCCAGUCAACCCAGCGCGGCCAGCCCGAGUUUGCAGGAGGUAACUCCCUUUGGCUGGGAGCAGGCGAGCUAGCUGCACGUUGCGAAGACUGCUCUGGGGAGCCAGGAGACCGGGGAGCCACUUCAGCACCGCAGCCAGAAUCUGGCCGGUUAGGCGGUACGCAGGGCGAACCCCCAGGUUCCUCUCACUCCGUCUCCACCUCCCACUGCACGCCGCUCCCUACUCCCACCAGUUUGUGGGGCCAGAGAUCAAACGAUGAAAAGGCAGUCAGGACUUAAGUAGCAACCCCCGCCCCCCUCAAAAAAAUAGAAAAAGAAAACAAACAAACAAACAAACAAACAAACAAAAAGCAACAGACAAAACCCAAACCUAAACCCAAACAAAAACAACAAAACCCAAACAAAACAAAAAGAAAAUAACCUGGUUCUUAUUUGCACCUGCUUCAGUGGACACGGAAUUCUGAAGGCGGAGAGUUUUCCUCCUCCCCACUCCCCUGCAAGAUUUGAGCAUCUUUUGAACCUACCCUCCAAGUGUUCAGGAACAGAUUGUGAGCCUACCAAGGAAUAUCGUGUCCAGCGCAUGUUCCCUCUUCACGAGACUUUGAGGCUGUCAGAACGCUUUUGAGUGGUUAUUCCUGCAAGUUUCCUUUCCAGGAGCUUCCUGCAGGUGGGCAACUAGCUGCAGCGACUACGCAUCUCAGCCUGUUGAACUCUUCUCAGCAAGAGAAGGGGAGGCAAGAUAAAGGAAUUAGGUGGAAAAUUCAGCCAAGCUCAAGGAUGGAGGUGCAGUUAGGGCUGGGGAGGGUCUACCCUCGGCCGCCGUCCAAGACCUAUCGAGGAGCUUUCCAGAACCUGUUCCAGAGUGUGCGCGAAGUGAUCCAGAACCCGGGUCCCCGGCACCCUGAGGCCGCGAGCGCAGCACCUCCCGGCGCCGGUUUGCAGCAGCAGCAGCAGCAGCAGCAGCAGCAGGAGACCAGUCCCCGGCAGCGGCAGCAGCAGCAGCAGCAGGGUGAGGAUGGCUCUACACAAGUCCAGAGCAGAGGCCCCACGGGCUACCUGGCCCUGGACGAGGAACAGCAGCCUUCACAACAGCAGUCAGUCCCCGAGGGCCACCCGGAGAGCGGCUGCGUCCCAGGGCCGGGAGCUGCCUCGGCCACAGGCAAGGGGCUGCAGCAGCAACGGCCAGCACCUCCGGGCGACGAUGACUCAGCUGCCCCAUCCACGUUGUCCCUGCUGGGCCCCACUUUCCCGGGCUUAAGCAGCUGCUCCGCUGAUCUUAAAGACAUCCUGAGCGAGGCCGGCACCAUGCAACUUCUGCAGCAGCAGCAGCAGCAGCAGCAGCAGCAGCAGGAAUCGGUAUCCGAAGGCAGCAGCAGCGGGAGAGCGAGGGAGGCCACUGGGGCUCCCAUCUCCUCCAAGGACAGUUACCUAGGGGGUAGUUCAACCAUCUCGGACAGCGCCAAGGAGUUGUGUAAGGCAGUGUCGGUGUCCAUGGGCUUGGGUGUGGAGGCAUUGGAGCAUCUGAGUCCUGGGGAACAGCUUCGGGGGGAUUGCAUGUACGCCCCGCUCCUGGGAGUUCCGCCAGCUGUGCGUCCUACUCCUUGUGCCCCGUUGGCCGAAUGCAAAGGUUCUCUGCUGGGUGAUGGCCCAGGCAAGGGCACCGAAGAGAAUGCUGAGUAUGCCCCUUUCAAGGCAGGUUACACCAAAGGGCCGGACAGUGAGAGCCUGGGCUGCUCUGGCAGCAGCGAAGCAGGAGGCUCCGGAACGCUUGAGCUGCCAUCCACCUUGUCUCUCUACAAGUCUGGAGCACUGGACGAGGUAGCAGCUUAUCAGAGUCGCGACUACUACAACUUUCCGCUAGCCCUGGCCGGACCCCCGCCCCCUCCGCCACCUCCCCAUCCUCAUGCCCGCAUCAAGUUAGAGAACCCGCUGGACUAUGGCAGCGCCUGGGCGGCCGCGGCGGCGCAAUGCCGCUAUGGGGACCUGGCGAGCCUGCACGGCGGGGGUGCAGCAGGACCGGGCUCAGGCUCACCCUCAGCCGCCGCCUCCUCUUCCUGGCACACUCUCUUCACAGCCGAAGAAGGCCAGCUGUAUGGGCCCUGUGGCGGAGGUGGGGGUGGCAGCGCAGGCGAGGCAGGGACUAUAGCCCCGUAUGGCUACACUCGGCCACCUCAAGGGCUGGCGGGCCAAGAAGGCGACUUCCCCCCACCCGAUGUGUGGUAUUCCGGCGGCGUAGUGAGCAGAGUGCCCUAUCCAAGUCCAAGUUGUGUCAAAAGCGAGAUGGGCCCCUGGAUGGAGAGCUAUUCUGGACCUUAUGGGGACAUGCGUUUGGAGACUACCAGGGACCAUGUUCUGCCCAUCGACUAUUACUUUCCACCCCAGAAGACCUGCCUGAUUUGUGGAGAUGAAGCUUCUGGCUGUCACUAUGGAGCUCUCACUUGUGGAAGCUGCAAAGUCUUCUUUAAAAGAGCUGCUGAAGGAAAACAGAAGUACCUGUGUGCCAGCAGAAAUGAUUGCACCAUCGAUAAAUUCCGAAGGAAAAAUUGUCCAUCUUGUCGCCUCCGGAAAUGCUAUGAAGCAGGGAUGACUCUGGGAGCCCGGAAGCUGAAGAAACUUGGUAAUCUGAAACUACAGGAGGAAGGGGAGGCUUCCAGCGCCACCAGUCCCACUGAGGAGCCAAACCAGAAGCUGACAGUGUCACAUAUUGAAGGCUAUGAGUGUCAGCCCAUCUUUCUGAAUGUCCUGGAAGCCAUUGAGCCAGGCGUGGUAUGUGCUGGACAUGACAACAACCAGCCUGACUCCUUCGCAGCCUUACUCUCUAGCCUCAAUGAACUGGGUGAAAGACAGCUGGUACAUGUGGUCAAGUGGGCCAAGGCCUUGCCUGGCUUCCGCAACUUGCACGUGGAUGAUCAGAUGGCAGUCAUUCAGUACUCCUGGAUGGGGCUUAUGGUGUUUGCCAUGGGCUGGAGGUCCUUCACCAAUGUCAACUCCAGGAUGCUCUACUUCGCCCCUGACCUGGUUUUCAAUGAGUACCGCAUGCACAAGUCCCGGAUGUACAGCCAGUGUGUCCGAAUGAGGCACCUCUCUCAAGAAUUUGGAUGGCUCCAGAUCACCCCCCAGGAAUUUCUGUGCAUGAAGGCACUGCUUCUCUUCAGCAUUAUUCCAGUGGAUGGGCUGAAAAAUCAAAAAUUCUUUGAUGAACUUCGAAUGAACUACAUCAAGGAACUUGAUCGUAUCAUUGCAUGCAAGAGAAAAAAUCCCACAUCCUGCUCAAGGCGCUUCUACCAGCUCACCAAGCUCCUGGACUCUGUGCAGCCUAUUGCACGAGAGCUACAUCAGUUCACUUUUGACCUGCUAAUCAAGUCCCACAUGGUGAGCGUGGACUUUCCAGAAAUGAUGGCAGAGAUCAUCUCUGUGCAAGUGCCCAAGAUCCUUUCCGGGAAAGUCAAGCCCAUCUAUUUUCACACACAGUGAAGCUUUGGAAGCCUUCAUUUUGUCACCCCAUCCCACUUCUUUUUUCAGAUAUCUUCUGCCUGUUUUAACUCUGCACUACUUCUCUGCAGUGCCUUGGGGAAUUUCCUCUAUUGAUGUACAGUCUGUCAUGAAGAUGUUCCUAAGUCCUCUUUGCUGGGCUUUUUUUCUCUUUCCUCCUUUCUUUUCUUUCCCUCUAUAUCUGACUCUUCCAUGGCACUUUCAGACUUUGCUCCCUGCCGUGGCUCUUAUCUGUGUUUUGAAUGCUGUUGUACUUCUUUAAAUCUGUGACGAUCCUCCUGUGGCGCGGUGUCAAGUUGUGCUUGUUUAUAGCACCGCGCUGUGUGCCAGCCACACAAACAUUUACUCACCUCAUGCCACGUGAAGUUUAGAGAGCUAAGAGCAUCUGGGAAAACACAACAAACAAACAAACACAAACCCAACUUGCUUGGACUUUUCCCUCUUAAAAAAUAUGAAAACAAACAGAAAUCCCCAAAGAGGCCAACAGUAACUAGAAUAAGGUGAAAAUUGCAAGCCUGUGGGGAGUCACUGCUCUUUUUCCCAAAACUCUCUCUCCCUGGGAGACUUUAUUUUCUGCCAAUGGCUAUUGCCUUUAAAGGGCAGGGUGACCCUACAGCCGAGGUGGGGGGGCAGAUUUAAGAGAGGACAGAAAGGACAGAUGGAUCACCAGUACCUGCCCACAGCCUUGGCCCCUGAGGGCGAGACUGCUCAACCGCAGUGUAAUUCAUGGUACUGAAAAAUGUGCUUCUUGUUUGAAAACUUGUCUGUACGUGAAUGCCCCCCCCAACUCCUUUUCUCUCUCAUCCUCUGCCUCCACCCUCAAAUUGACUUUCAAUAGCUUUUCUAAGAACUUUGAAAUUAAUGUUCUCUUUAGCCAAAACUUGGCCACUUCCACUGAAGAAUCAGAUCAGCGAGAAAGAGAGGAGAGAUCUGACCUUUUGGAAGGCCCCAUUUCACUCCAGGUUGGCUUUCCCAUUUGUGGCCCAGGGAGAAGCUUGGGCUGGAGUCAGAGGAAAAGGAAGUAGUGGCUUGACUGUUCUCUGCCUAGGACACUGAAGAUUUGAUCCCUCUUUGCCACUACCUUUAAAAGACUUGAAAGGUUUCCACCUGACUCCACGUAGCUGCAAGCACCAUCCACCCUCCCUUCAGUGUCUCAUGGGCCUGAACUUCACCAGACUGCAUUAUAGCCGAGGUGGUGAAGCUUGUCCACUUCUUUGGGCAUGUUCCCAGACUCUCUGCUAAGAACCCCCACCACCAAGAAGGCUAGCUGCAAGCCAGCAGUCUUGAUAUCUUUCUCUAGAUGCCGGUGGGCUCAAAGACUUCUUACCAAAUGUUUCUCAUCAACUAUCAGAUCUCUGGAGCCCUUAGACAAACUGGAAAGGAGGCGUCUAUAGGAUUGGACAAGCUGGGCGUCUUGCCCUUUGUCCCCCCGAGAUGACACCUUCCCACCAAGUAGAGAAACGUCCACUUCCUCCUUCAGAGCAGCUAAAGGGGCUACCCAGAACAGGGUUGAAGAGAAAACUCAAUUAUCCAGAUGGGAAGACUAAAGGCACUAAAACCAGAAACACUGUAAUUGCUCUCCUUGCCAGGCAGCAUAUCCACCUGCAGACGUCAUGGGAAGAAGAGAGAAGUAACCAAAAGGAGACUGACUACUAAAUCAAAAGUCUUCAGUAGCAAAGUUUAAAGCCAGAUGGACACCAUCUGGUGAGUUUACUCACCAUCCUACUCUGCUGCUGAUUCUAGGCUCUGACAUUGGCCAUAUUCACUCAGACUCCCCACUUUUAUAGCUGCCUCUCAAUCAGAGGAAGUUGAAACAUUGAGACUACAGAACCAUGGCCUCCUUUGGAAAGGUCUGGUUGGUGUGGCUCCAAUGAGCUGCCACUCGUGGACUCUGGGUGUGUUCCUGGGACACUAGUUUCAUAUAGUCCUUUGGCACACUUCUGUUCUGUUGAUUUUGUCCCCUAAUCAUGAGUAUAGGGGAAUGUCCACCUACUUUCUCAUCUUGGCCACUGCCUUCUCACUUAGCUCUUAAAUUCAUCUGCUAAACUCAAGAAAUUAGGAGCCAGUCACCAAGCUGCCCAUUUCAGUUGAUUCACUCUACUUGUUGAGAAGACAGUUUUUGAGUGACAUGAUAUGAUCUACAUGGGUUUCCUCCCCUGAUUUCUAUUGAUAUUAAUCGCCAAAUGAACUUGCAAAACAGCUUCUUUAAAUAACAAGGGAGAGGGGAACCUAAGAUGGAUGAGAUACCAAUCCAAGACUGCUGUACAAAACUAAAACUGACAGGUUAUCUUUCUGGGGUAGGAUAGACAAAUCCUGGUUUUCUUUAUUAUGACACCAUUUGGCUUAUGUAAGCUCACAGGAUCACUUUUAGCUGUUUUAAACAAACGAACAAACAAAACCAACAAAACAACAACAACAACAACAAAAACCACCAGUCUUUUCAUUUAAACUAGAUUACAUUUUUACAUCUGUUUUGAAAUGAUUUUCCUCUGUUGUGGUACCUGGAUUCGAUUAUAUCAUUCUAAUACUUCUCUUUGUAAAUACUAGAUGAUCUCCUUUCCAUUUCUCUGGCUAUCAGAUUUUUCACCUUUAUGGAUUUACCAAUUUUGACUCUUGUCUUUAUGAAUAUAUGUUUCUCAUUUCUGAAAGCCAAAAAUCAGUGAAACAGCAGUGUAAUUAAAAGCAGCAACAACUGGAUUAUUCCGAAUCUCUAAAUGGCAAGACGAGGGAAAAAUGGCUUAAGCAAGCACUUAAGCCUACUGUUUUUGCACUGUUAUUCUAUAAGCAAAGGAGAUUUUAGCUUGGCUUUGUCUCCCACAGAUGAAAGGGGAAUUUUUUUUUUUGGCCAUUGAUGUUCCAGCCAGUGUAAUUGACAGAAGUCUCAUUCUGCAUGCACUCUGCUCUACAAACAGAGUUGAUGUGGUUGGUACACUGUGUUCACCCGUGAAGGAUCAGCUGCCCACACUCACUCACCUGGUGAGCUUGAAGAUGAGAAUCACUCACCAGGCAAGUCAUGGGGACUACUUCCAAAGAGUUUGCAGUGUUCAAUGGGGAUGGAGAGUGAGGAACUGAAAAAGAAGGAGCACCAGGGAGAAAAUCCUGUCUUUACUGGGCAGCAGACAGCUGCCAGGUUCACAAACUCUGGUCAAAGAAGAGUCGUGUGGCAGUUUCAGCUCUUGUUCAUUGGGCAGCUUGCCCAGGCCUGGCCUCUGAGUUGAAAUGGGGGUUGGGUUCUUUGUUCCAUAGCUUUUCUAUGCCACAGACAGUAUCUUUGUUCUUGGAGAGUUCAUUAUUUUUUUAAUGAGAAAGGAAUUUUUUGAAGGAUUCUGUCAUAUAUCUUUGAAAAAGAAAAUCAGUACUACAUGUAUUUUUAUAUAUGUUCACUGGCACUAAAAAAAAAAAAGAAAAAAGAGCUUCACUCUGUUCUUUGGGUAGUUGCUGAGGUGAUUGUCCAGUCUGAGAAAUAAUGUGCUGAUGCUAGAGUCCUUCUCUGUCCAUAUUCUACUUCUAAAUGCAUAUAUGCAUAUAUAGCAAGAAGUAUUUGUACUAUAUGAGAAAAUAGGUCCACCAUCCACAUGAUACUAACACUACACAAAUGACCUAACUUUAAGCAUCAAGUAGCUUCUAACUGUUUGCUUCGUUAGGCACAGCACAGACAUGGCCUUGCCCUCUUUUCUCCCUUGAUAUUUGGCAUGGCCCAAAGGCCAAAGCCACUCCCUCUACCCGUUUCCAGCCUUGUGCGAGGGUUACACUUCAUAAGACUCUCUUCAGACAGCCCAGUAACUAUCCAUGCAUGGUUCCCUGCAUGGCCCUGGGAAAACAAGAAGUUGACUACUAAUUAUCCUAUGCCAGUUGCUCAGGUGAGAGAGCACUGGGCCAAGGGAGUGGCCUUCAUGCUCAACCACCUGUAGGGGGGUCACAGGAACCAGGAAUGCUAAAACACAGGAUCAAAUCCUAAAUAUAAAGUCAAAAUAAGUAAUUUAUCAUGUGCAAUUUCUUGUAAAGGGAAGUUUCUACCCCUAUUGCAUUUUAUAGGCAGGUCUGUUCUCACCACUAAUCUCUUUCAAAAAUCUUUGAAAGCAGUUAAAAAAAAGACAGAAAUGAAAGCAUCACAUUAUGUAACCAAAGAUUGCACUGUAUCUGCUAAGAUACCAAAAUUUUUAGGGCAUGGAGGGAGCAAGCAUUAGUGCCUCUUUGGUAAGCUGUCCAAAGACAGACUAAAGGACUUUGCUGGUGACUGAUUUAUAAGAGUUUUGUGGGUUCCCUCACAUACAAUAUACACGUUUAGAAAGGUGGAAGAUAACUUUGAAAAAAAUGGGAUUAUGGGUCCUUCACUAAGUGAUUUUUAUAAACAGAGCUAACUUUCCUUUUCUCUAGUAGUUGCUGAGCAAAUUCUUAAAGCUCCAUCAUUGCAUGGUUGGAAAUGGAGCUGUCUUGGUCACUGUGUUUGCUAGUGCCAAUGUUAGCUUAUCUGAAGAUGUGAAGCCCCUUGCUGAUAAGGGGAGCAUUUAAAGGAAUAGAUUUUGCACUAGAGGGACAGCAGGCAGAAAUCCUCAUUUCUGCCCACUCUGAAUGGCACAAAAUAAAGUUCUCUGCGGUUUAAGGCAGAAGGUUGAAAUAUAUUGUAAAUGAGUAUUUGUAUCCAUGUUUCAAAAUUGAAUUAUAUAUAUAUAGAUAUAAUGUGUUCUGAUAGCUUUACCUUUCUCUGCACCUUUAUAUUUGGUUCCAGGUCAUAAUUGAUACCAUGUACUUGUGAGAGAGGCUACAGCUACAUUUUGGAAGCUCUCUCAGAGUGUAAAAGACACCUGGGAUGAUCGAACAACUGAGAUAUCUCUGCUCCUAUUGGGGUCUGACCCACAGGCCUUGCCAAGGAGCAGAGGAGGGAAAAGGGUAGGGUACAUGAUGUAUUGCACUUUACUAGCCCAAGACAGAUGAAUGUGUAAAGGGUGGUGGAGUCUCAUUGGAACCAACUGGGAUUUGGGUAGGGAAGGCCCAGACGUCCACCUAAAUGAUCAGCCAGUGGCCCUCUAACGGGACCUGAGCGGUUGCAAGAAGGAAGGAUAUUCUUUGUUCUUCACCAUCCUUGUGAGAAAAGGGCAGUUUCCUGCACUUGGGAACCUGGAGCAAGUGCUCCAUUUCAAACAAUUCAUUCACCUACGAUUGAGGUGCUUUUGCUACUGGGUGUCUAUGUGCUCUAAUUCUGGUUUUUGAUAUGUUCUAUAAAGAUUUUGACAAUGAAAAUUUGUUUUUCUCUGUUAAAAAUUAUCAAUGUACUAGAAGUAGUAUCUGUAGGUACAGGUCCAUCUCUGCCCACAGGUAGGGGUGUUUUUCUUCAAUUAAGAGAUUGACACUGGGGUCUGUUGCUCAGAGCCUCCCAACACUUAACCAUCUCUAGGUGAAGGCAGAAAAAUCCACAUUAGUCACUCUUCAUACACUUUAGCUGAGGUAACAAACCAUUUGGAAUAUUCCCACCCCCAAAAUAAGUGGUAAAUAUUUUCAUUUAGCAGGUAGAGUCUUACAGGGAAAAAUAGCCCUUGACUCAGCUUUGAUUUCUCCCCAUUAGAUUUGUCCAGAACAUAGGUAAUAUGCAUUGAUUAGUUUCCAAUCCCAAUUCAGUAUAGCAGGGGUGUGGUUCCUUUCCUUAUCUCACUUGUCUCUUAGCUUUUUAUGGAAUUAAAUGAGAAGCUAUGAUCUGAGUGGCCCUUGUGGCCUGAAACAGUUCCCACAUUCACGAUUCAACAAGGCUGUCAUAUAGCGACAGAUUCCAUUAGUCACCAAAAACUGGAACACACACAUGCCCCAAGGAAAGAAAAUUCUGAAAUGCUGCUGCUUAUUUGGUGGUGCCCUCCUGGGCUAAUGCUUCACAUUUUGGGACUCUGUUCCCUGCACAGCAGACAGGCCAGGCCUGCAGUCUCUCCCAACCUUAGCCCUUGGUGCUAACUGUCCUGCAGUGAAGUGCCUAUAGGGUUGCCCUAUCUCAUAAGUCACUCAGGUGCUGAGAGUAGCCACCAUUGGGAUGACCAAAACUAAAAAAAAAAAAUAGUCCCUUCACCAUUCAGUGACACCUUUCUGCUUUCCCCUAGACUGGAACAUUUAUUAGGGAGUGCCUCAGACAUGACAUUCUCUCACUGUCCUUGAGAUUAAUUUGGCAGUAGGAAGCAGCAGACUAUGUCACCGGAUGUAAGAAUUAAUUUUUAUGUUAAGGGAAAAAAUGUUAAUAGAAAGCAUCACAUAAAGUUUUUUUUAAAGAAACUUUAAUUUUGCUUGAAACUUCUUUCGAUGGGGCUUCAGUUCUCAUAGAGGCACUUGGCCUCCACUGGGCAGCAGGACCAGCCCCAAGCGCUAGUGUUCUAUUCUCUUUUUGUAAUCUUGGAAUCUUUUGUUGCUCUAAAUACAAUUAAAAAUGGCAGAAACUUGUUUGUUGGAAUACAUGUGUGACUCUGGGUUUGUCUCCGUCUCUGCUUUCAGAAAUGUCAUCCAUUGUGUAAAAUACUGCUUUGCUGGUCUGCCAGCUAAAACUUGGCCACAGCCCCUGUUGUGACUGCAGGCUCAAGUUAUUGUUAACAAAGAGACCAGAGAAAAGCUGCUAAUGUCCUCUUAUCACCAUUGUUAAUUUGUUAAAACAUAAAACAAUCUAAAAUUUCA